AUGGCUGUCCAGUCCACUCUUCGCCAUAGCGAAGACCCCCUCCACGCCCUGUGGCAGCGCUACACCACCCUCCUCCGCACCCGCGCAAAGUCGCUGUCCAAAACAACACAGCUCCUCUCGACCCUCGCUCUCCUGCUCUCGAUAAUCGGCGCCGGCUAUGGCGGCAACCGGUGGUGGCGGCGACGCAAGGCCGAGAAGGAACACGGGCGCCGGCUGCUGCGACGCAACUCUGGCCUGCGCGGCAAAGACGGCUCGCGCACCAUCUUCGUGCCCACCAAGGGCGAAUCGACAAGCAAGGUGACCAUAUAUCCGACGAAGCCAACCACCUUCGAUGCCCACAGACGACUUUUCCUGCAGCCGCCCCGCGCCGCCGGCCUGAGCGAUGGCCACACGCCCCAGGUCCCCCCGCCGCAGACGAAGCCCGGCUUAAACCUUGCCUUCCUGCACCAGUUCCUGAGCCUGCUCAAUAUCAUGAUACCGAGAUGGAACAGUAAAGAGACGGGGCUGUUGCUCAGCCACGGUGUCUUCUUGAUGCUGCGGACAUAUCUUUCGCUGGUCGUCGCCCGACUGGACGGAGAGCUUGUGCGCGACCUUGUGGCUGGCAACGGGAAAGCUUUCCUGUGGGGUAUCGUCAAGUGGUGCGGAAUCGGCAGUUUCGCCUCGUAUACCAACGCGAUGAUCAAGUUCCUACAGUCCAAGGUCUCCAUCGCCUUCCGGACACGGCUGACGCGGUACAUCCACGAUCUGUACCUGAACGACCAUCUAAACUACUACAAGCUCUCCAACCUCGACGGCGGCAUCGGUCAGGGCGCCGACCAGUUCAUUACUCAGGAUCUCACGCAGUUCUGCGCCGAGGCUGCGGCUCUGUACUCGUCUCUUGGAAAGCCUUUUGUUGAUAUUUGUGUUUUCAAUUACCAGCUUUUCCGUUCUCUUGGUCCCCUGGCAUUGGGCGGUCUUCUAGCAAACUACUUCCUUACAGCUACUAUCCUCCGCAAGCUCUCGCCUCCAUUCGGUAAGCUCAAAGCUGUGGAAGCACGCCGUGAAGGAGACUUCCGUGCCCUUCAUUCUCGCCUCAUCGCCAACGCCGAAGAAGUCGCCUUCUACGGUGGAGAUCAGAUGGAGAGAACUUUCCUUGACAGGGGCUUCAAGGAGCUCAAGCAUUGGAUGGAGGGGAUCUACAGUCUGAAGAUCCGCUAUAACAUGCUAGAGGACUUUGUCCUAAAGUACUCCUGGUCCGCAUUCGGUUAUCUCAUCACCUCCCUCCCCGUGUUUCUUCCCGCCUGGGGCGGGCUGGGAGGCGCCACGGAGCUCGCCGACGCGGCCGAGCGCAGCGGGCGCGAGCGCAGCCGCAUGAAAGACUUCAUCACCAACAAGCGCCUCAUGCUCUCGCUCGCCGACGCCGGCGGCCGCAUGAUGUACAGCAUCAAAGACCUGCAGGAGCUGGCGGGCUACACAUCCCGCGUCUACACGCUCAUCAGCACCCUCCACCGCACCCACGCCGACGCGUACUACCUGCCGCCGGGGCAGCGCCCCGAGCUCUUCUCCCUCGCCGACGCCCAAGGCACCGUGCACAAGGGCUUCGACGGCGUGCGGCUCGAGCACGUGCCCAUCGUGGCCCCGGCCCUGUACCCCAUGGGCGGCGACGAGCUCCUCGACUCGCUCUCCUUCAUCGUCCACUCGGGCGAGCACCUCCUCAUCACGGGGCCCAACGGCGUCGGCAAGAGCGCCGUCUCGCGCGUCGUCGCCGGCCUGUGGCCCACGUACCGCGGGCUGGUCUCGCGCCCCCGCUCCACCGGCACCGACGGCAUCAUGUUCCUCCCCCAGCGGCCCUACCUCAGCACCGGCACCCUGCGCGAUCAGGUCAUCUACCCGCACACCGCCGUCGACAUGAAUCACGCCGGUCGCCGCGACUUCGAGCUGUCCAAGGUCUUGGAGGAGGCCAGGCUGGGAUAUCUGCCGGAUCGCGAGGGCGGGUGGGACACGCGGAAGGUGUGGCAGGAUGUGUUGAGCGGCGGCGAGAAGCAGCGGAUGGGGAUCGCGCGGCUGCUGUAUCACGAGCCGCGGUAUGCGUUUGUCGAUGAGAGCACGAGUGCUGUGAGCAGCGAUGUGGAGGGGCUGUUGUAUGAGAAUGCGAAGGCGAGGGGGAUCACACUCAUCACCAUCUCCACCCGCGCCUCGCUCAAGCGCUACCACACGUACACCCUCACCCUCGGUCUCGGCGAGCACGGUGAUGAGUGGGAUUUCCAGCGGAUCGGCACCGCGCAGGAGAAGUCGUCGGUCGAGAAAGAGCUGGCGGAGCUGCGUGAGCGGCUCGAGCGCGUCGAGGAGUGGAAGCAACGCCGGAACGAGAUUGAGAGGGAGUUGGGACAGGUGUGGGUUGAGGGUGUGGAUGAGGCGUUGGCGCCGCCGCCGUAUGCAGAGGGGGAGGGGAGUGGGGUUGUUGUCGCAAGGGGAGAGGGAGACGAGAAGGUGGAUGAUAAUGAGGUUGCGGUGGAGGAUGAUUAG